UAAUUUAUGAUCUGGAACUGAUAAUUAAAUCAGAUACACCAUUGCCCAUAAAUAUUUAUUUACCCCAAUCUACUUCUGCCUGGAAAAUGAAGUUUCUGGCUGGUUUGGGCUGUAGAGUUUAUUGCUACUAUAAAGCCACCAAGUAAACACCCUGACCAAAAACUGCAAUACAUGUUGGAACUGGCAGUAACCAGGCUGGUUCUCAAUUUUAAAGACAUGUGCCAAAGGGAUUAGUGUUGGGAGGUUCUGAAUUCUUCAGCGCUGUUAAUAAAAGGCAGAGGUGCCUAAUACAUUGGCCAUGUGCCCUGCAAGACGAGCCAUGGCUGAGUGGUUGCAGAGCUUUCUUCUCUUGGUUGCUGCUAUCAUUUCCAAUGUGGUGGAUACCCACCCGGUUGCACAAAACUGCCAGGAAUGGCUGAAUCAGGGAGGUACAAUCAGCGGCUGGUACACUAUAUACACUUCCACUGGAUUUCCUCUUUCUGUCCUCUGUGACAUGGAAACUGAUGGAGGAGGAUGGAUUGUGUUUCAGAGACGAGCAGACGGUUCAGUGGAUUUUUUCAGAGACUGGAAAUCAUACAAGAGAGGGUUUGGUCGUCAAGCCAGUGAAUUUUGGUUGGGGAACGAUAAUCUCCAUCUCCUCACAGCAACAGAUUCUUCUUUCAAUUCUUCUCAUUCAGGGAAUUUCCAGCUUCGCAUCGACCUGACAGACUUCAGUAACAAGCGAUAUAACGCCACAUACAGCAACUUCCAUAUCGAUGGGGAAUCUCUGAACUACACCCUACAUUUUACGAGUUUCACAGGAGGAAACGCAGGUGACUCCCUAUCUCCACACAAUGGCUAUUCCUUCAGCACUAAAGACAGAGACAAUGAUAUUUAUGCAUACAACUGUGCAGAGAUAUACAAAGGGGCAUGGUGGUAUAUAAACUGCCAUGCGUCCAACCUGAACGGACUCUACCUGCGUGGAAAUAUCACCAGUGACUCAGAUGGAGUUAUCUGGAGAGAAGCCAUGGGGUACCAAUACUCCCUCAAGGUGUCUGAAAUGAAGUUUCGUCCCCAGCCUUAAGGAAGGGAGUUUACUUGAUAAUAAGCAGCAGUCAUUGGGCGCUACUGACCCAAUACAACUUUAUAACCUGCUGCAUCUGUUUCUUCUCUCUCCCAGGGAACCUCUUGAGGGGUAAUCACCAAAGAAAUAUCUGUUUCCCAAUCAGUUUUUGUAGCUGCACUGUAGCUCAUUAUACUGACCUCUAGUGUAAGGGGAAGA